UGAAUUUUCGGACUGUCGACGAAAGAUAUUGGUGACCGUGAAAGUGAAACUGGCGCUCUUACGGAGCAGUUACGAUUUCAAGUGGAAAAAUUAAGAUGAAUUCAGCGUCCUCAACUCGAAAAGAGGGUAUGACGAAGAACUUGGCAAGAGCUACUAGUUUGCCAGCUGAACUGAAUCGAUAUUCUAAAAACUGUAAAUUGCUAUGUAAUAUACUUCGCGAUACUAAAAUUAUCAUCAACGAGAUCAACACAGCGGACUAUUUGACACAAGAUGAGCUUCCCAGUCUACAAGUAAACCCUGAUAAGCUACAUGUAAUCAAUGAACUGGUUGACAAAUCAGUUGCCCUAGUCGUACUAGGUUAUUCAAACAAAGCAAGAGCAAUUUUAACAAAUGAAUUAGUUGGUGGCAAAUCAUUAUUUCCUGUGAUAGAAACAAAUGUAGAUAGCAAGAAUGAAGACACUACACGGCAAUGCCAUUGGAAAGGUGUCAAAAUUAGGCACACUUCCUUUUGUCUUGUGGGACUGAGCACUACUUUGGGCCCAACAACAUUACCUUUUUCCCAAUCUAUAAUAUCAUAUGACAAUUUGGUUAUUGAUUGCAACUCUCCUCAAGCCAAGGAUAUUUACUGUGAUCUUAGCAUGAUGGAUGUCAAUAUAAAACAUUUUCUAUUUCGUGAUGGUACCCAAGUUUGGGUUGCACCGUCCUUUCACCCUGCAGAAAACAGGUUUAAUGGAAAUUGGUGCUCCUUCAGCCCAAGUGAUUUUCUAUCACUGGUGAACCAGUGUACCACACCAGUAUUUUUAUAUGCUGUCCAUGGAACACAGUUAAAUGAGGAAGAAAAAUCUCAAUUGAAACUAUUCAAACAACUUCUCCCUUCUUCAACUGUAAUUCAUUUCGUUUUGAACUCUGGUACAAUCCCGAAGCAACAAAAUUCAACUAGUUCGUUAGUCAUAACGCGGCCCAACAUUGGCACAGGAGGACGACACAGAAGGCAUACAAGUAUUCAUCCUGACAGGGUAGUCGGUUCUCCAACCAAUUUUCCUGUUAGCGAAGCUUACACGAAAGAAAAUCCUUCUACUGAUCAUAUCGUAUUUGCGUACGAACCAAUCAGCGAAAUAGGAUUUUCUACUAGAGAAUGCGGCUUUGUAGAUGGUGGAAUCCAGAGUACUGUUGAUGAAUUGACCUGUGGAGUUACUUCCUGUCUACCAUUUGUGAGGAGCGUUCUACAGAAUCAGCUUCUACAGUCAGCUAAAAUCCUCAAUGAGUGUCACAACCAAAUGCUAAGUAAUUUCAUUUUGUCGGCGUUCGAUUGGGCUCGCCAAGUUCAAGUAACACCUCUAAGAUUAGAAUAUGUGAAGCAAAAGGAAGGUGAAUUGUUUAACAGACUGUUGGCGUUCGCCAAUAAGAAACAAGAAGAAAUACGCUUGCUGAUUUCCCAAACUAUGGUUGAAAUGAGAGACGAACUUAUCCGUGCAGCUAUCGAUUACGAUAUAUUUCGUGAAGAUUGUUCAAGCGUUGACCACCAUCAACUUCGGAAAUCUACAGAAGAAAUUCAAAAUCUUGUACUAGCCCUGUUGAACAAGACAAUUGCAGAGAAACUCACGAGCUCAGUUUUGAGUUUAAGAGAAACCUAUCUCGGCACACUUCAACGAUGUCUUAGUUCACUGGAGAAGGCUCAUCAGCAUGAUACUCAUGAUGCUGAUAGAAUGUCAGAGCAAGAUAGCUACUCAGACACACAAAGAGCAAGUGAAUCUCUAAAACAGAUAAUCAAUGCAGCUUACCAGGUUCAGUUGAAUGUUAAAUCAUCUGCCUCGUUUGUGCAUUCAUUGUGGGAACGACUCCAUCAGUUCUUGCGCUCUCUUACUCUGCCAAAGGCAGAUACCUUAUCUGCAACGAGUUCUGGAUCCGGAUCGUGGAGCACGUCUUCAGACCAAAGCCCUAUGACACCUACGGAAUGGAAAACUCAGGUCGCCGUUGAUCUUUUAGAUUCGCUUAGUGAUAACCGACUGGCGCGUGUAAUUUGUUCCCAGUUUCGAGACCGACUACGACAAGCACAUGUUGCUUUUCUGGAUUCCCUGAGAGAAUUAGAAUCGGUUCACACUGGUCGCCUCGAAAAGAAUGAAGAACUAUUUUUGCGGUUGCGAAAAAUUCUCGUUCCUCGUGUAGCCAGAUUGGCUUUGGAAUCUACAUCACUUAAAGACAUGAUUCUCUUUGGUAUGCCACAACUCGGUCGAGAACUUGGUCGCGGUCAGUACGGAGUAGUAUACUCCUGUGAUAGUUGGGGACCUGUCGCUGAGCGAGGAAUCAGGUGCGCCGUCAAAUCAGUUGUUCCUCCAGAUGACAAACAUUGGAAUGAUCUCGCAAUGGAAUUCCAUUACUCUCGCAUGGUUCCGCCUCAUGACCGCAUCGUUAGUUUGAUCGGGUCGGUCAUUGAUCAUUCUUACGGAGGGGGAGCGUCACCAGCAGUACUUCUUAUAAUGGAAAGAAUGAAUAGAGACCUCCAUACCGCUUUGAAGAUGAGUUUAACUUGGCCGAAAAGGCUUCGAGUUUCAAUUGAUGUCGUUGAGGGGAUCCGUUUUCUUCAUUCUCAGGGUUUAGUUCAUCGAGACAUCAAACUAAAGAAUGUCUUGUUAGAUCCAGAAGAUCGUGCCAAAAUUACUGACCUCGGAUUUUGCAAACCUGAAGCGAUGAUGUCAGGAUCCAUCGUUGGAACCCCGAUUCACAUGGCUCCAGAAUUGUUUACUGGGCACUACGAUUCCAGCGUUGAUGUCUACGCGUUUGGCAUCUUAUUCUGGUACAUCUGUGCUGGCCACACGAAACUUCCAUAUGCUUUUGAACAGUGUCAGAAUAAAGACCAGUUGUGGCAGUGUGUCCGCAGAGGGACUCGUCCGGAAAGAUUGCCUUGCUUUGACGAUGCUUGUUGGACGCUCAUGGAAGAUUGUUGGGCCAAAGACCCAAAUCAACGCCCCUUGCUUGGUUUCGUCUACGCAAGACUUGAAGCUAUCUUUUUGUCACACUGUCAUGGGAGAAUCGUUGACACGGGAAGCAUAGUGAUACAAAGGGAACAUCCUCCUGAUAGUUUGUCUUCAAGUCCCUAUAUACAGAUAGAUUUAGAGCCAUGCCAAUGACCUAUUUCUAAAUGCUCGAAAUAAGCAACUGAAAGCUAUGUACUAUCCAUUUAACUUGAUAAUAAGCUACAAAAGUGUUAAUCAGAACAAUACAAGUUG